AUGAACCAUCCCGAGAAUAUGGCCGCUGACGCCAAGUCGAAGUCUUCUGCGACCAACGCACAACUUGCCACUCCUCUUCUAUCACCAAUCAGCGAGCUUGAUGGCUACCAUGCAUUUCCAGAUAUUGAUCGUCAGACUGCAAGACCAGAUGCGCCGCGGGAACGUCGCCGCAGCAGCGAGACCAGAGCAUUCAAACUUUCUCCCUCCGAGCUGCACGCCUUGACAGCAUCGCCGGAAUCUCUGCCAGUCCGACCACUUGAUGAUCUGCCGCCCCUGGAAGAGGACGACGAGAAUGAAGAAUGGCACGAGGCACCGACGCGAGCAUCGCAAAAUCCGUCUAACGCACUCUUACCGAAUGCUCUCCCAAGCAUAGCAGCCACACCGGGCAACUAUGCCGUGCGACCAGGAAGUACUCGAUCGCCAUCAAUGCCAAUAGCACAACAGCGGAAAGGUUCGACUUCGAAGCAGUCGAAGACAAAGCCGCACGUACCUCCACUGAAGAUUGAGGACCCUAGCAGGCAAAAUAGCAUGAAGCCUUCGCCGGCUAGUCACACUCGUGAGCCCUCCCCGAUGCCACCGAUGCUGCCAAUCCCGCCAUUGUCGCUGCCGACAUAUCUACACCUCGAGCUUUCAUCGGAUCGCCCGUCUGCUCUCUAUAUUCACCGCUCGGAGGCCAGUGAAGUUCCGUACGAAUCAGCCAAGGUCAAGUUCCAGCGGCUCAAGAACUUCAUUCAGCUGCCUGGUCAAUUGGAGCAUGUCUUGGUGUUCGGUGCGGUGGCUUGCCUUGAUGCCUGGUUAUAUACCUUUACGAUCCUUCCCCUGCGAUUUUUAAAGGCGAUUAUCAUUCUGGCUCAGUGGAUCUGCAGAAGUGUGCUUGAUGAGGUGCAUAAUCUGGCAAGCUUUGUUUACAGUGGACUGGGAAGACUUUGGAAGAGACAACGGCAUGCUUCAGUAGUCCCGCCAUCUUCUGAGCCAAGCAGUCGGCGACCGUCAGCAGACGAAAGCGACCAGUCACGAAGACCUGCAGCCGAUGCACCAGAAGCACCCAUGUUUACGAAAACCAACGGCAAUACAAUACCACCUUCGCCGGCUAGACGGACCCGUCGAUCAGGCUUUCGACAUCGUAGGAUGCGAUCUUCCCCAUCCGCACUGCUCCCGAACCACAAAGCAGAUCUGCUUCAAGGACUUCUGAUAAUAUGCAGCUGCAUAGCGCUCAUGUGGUUUGAUGCUAGCCGCAUGUACCAUUCGAUACGAGGUCAAGCGGCUAUCAAGCUCUACGUGAUCUACAACGUGUUGGAGGUGUUCGACCGCUUGUUUUCUGCGCUCGGGCAGGAUGUCUUGGAAUGCUUGUUCUCAAAGGAGAAUUUGGAGCGCGACGACGAUGGACGCAGUAAAGUACUAAGACCCCUGUGGAUGUUUGCGCUGGCUUUGGCAUACACAGUGGCUCACUCGACGAUACUGUUCUAUCAGGUUGUGACCCUCAAUGUGGCGGUCAACUCCUACUCCAAUGCCCUUCUCACGUUGCUGAUGAGCAAUCAAUUUGUGGAGAUCAAGGGCGCAGUCUUCAAGAAAUUCGAGAAAGAAAACCUGUUCCAAAUGACCUGCGCGGAUGUGGUCGAGCGGUUUCAGCUAUGGCUGAUGCUAUCGAUUAUCGCUUUGCGCAACAUCGUCGAAGUCGGAGGCUUGAGCAUCAGCAUCAGCAGUGCUUUCAGCGCAGCUUCAUCCACCGAUGCCCCAGGAGCAAACGGGACAGGUAUUCCAUUGGUGUCCGGAUUUGUCAUACCCAAAGCCUUCACUCUCUUUCCAAAAUGGACUGGCGAGCUUUUCGGACCCUUCCUCAUCGUUCUGGGUAGCGAAGCAGUAGUCGACUGGUGUAAACAUGCAUACAUCACGAAGUUCAACAACGUUAAGCCGACCAUCUACGGUCGCUUCUUGGAUGUUCUGGCGAAGGAUUACUACUCCCAUGCCUUUGCGGAUCAGAACCUCACCAAGCGUUUAGGCUUGCCGGUCAUUCCAUUAAGCUGUCUAUUCAUCCGAGCAUGCAUGCAGACGUAUCACAUGUUUAUUGCGACACACAUGCCAUUGCCGAUCCCAUCAGCGGCUACUUCGAUAUCUCUGGACAAUGAGACUGCCUCUGCCUCGUCAGCUACGACAGCAGCUCUGCAACACAUAGACCAAGUCUUCCGCCGAGCUCUCGGUCGCUCAUCGUUCGGCGCCGGUACCCACACCGGCCGCGCCUUCUGGUGGAGCCUCGACGAUUUCAUCGCUUUCCCUACCAUGAUUAUCGUGUUUCUCGCCGUCUACCUCGUCCUUCUGGCACUAAAGCUUCUCCUCGGCAUGGCGUUGCUCACAUACGCGAGAGGAAGAUACACCGGCAUGAAAGAGCGCGAGAAGCAAAGCGUAGAUACCCAAGGAAGUAAGCGUGUCGGCGGCUGGGGAACCGUUGAAGUGGGCGAAGACAAACGAAGAUGGAUCUAUGAUGAUGAUCCAGAUGCGUUGCAUGUGUUGCAGGAAAAGGAGCGGAAGGCAAAGGAGAGGGCUGAGAAAGCAGAGAUGAAGCUGGACGGAGUAGAGAGGUAUACUAUGGCUUCGAAGCGGAUUUGGUAG